ACACACCGGAUGAGCACCCUUCCCUUCCUCCUCUCGGCCGGGUUGGUGUGUCUUCCUUCCGGCUUGCCGAAGAAAGUUGAGGGAGGUUCAGCGGCAACUGGGGCUUUUUACACAAUGGACAGCCAGGGAAGGAAAGUGGUAGUCUGUGACAAUGGUACCGGGGUAAGUUUACCACGUCGGUGCAACUUGUUGUGAGUCGUGGCUUGACUCAAACGGAGCCGUUAUGUCUUACAUUCGCCGAAACAGGAAGUGAAGCUGUCAGCGUCUGAGCUAGCUAGCAUAAACUGGGUGGGUAGCUAGCUAGCCUGUUAGCUAGCCCAUUUUCAUUCAUCCAGACCCGAUGUGGAAACAGCACACAGUGAAAAUGAAAUUGUCAGGACAGCCGCUGAAUGCAUAUGUCUGGCUGUAAAUAACACACCGACUAAGCCAAGACAGACGAGUAACUGCUCACUUGGUAGUAGCGGUUUCUAAGCUAAAGCAGCCAACUAGCUAGCCUGUUGGUCAACUGAGUAUCUGAACAGCUGGUUGUCUGCUGUAGCUCCUCUCUCCCUGUGUCUGCAGCUACACCCGUCUUUUCAGUGAUUUGAUCUGCGGAUAUUCUGUUAGAAAUGUGCCGUUUAAUGAAACUAACCUUCAGCUGGGCCAUAUCAGGUUAAUUGAGGAACCAUCUUCAUGGGUUUCCUGUCUUCAACUAGCGGACAGUACAGUCUUUGCUUUUGAUCAGACAAAACCGAGCACCUCUUUCACUUAUCUAUCCAUGUUUUUAGUGGAAAGAUACUUAAAGGAAUUGUAGGCGUUCAAUAACUACCAUUGUACAAUAGUUGUUCCGAUCAAGUAAUCUGAUUGGGCAAGAGACAUUCAAUAAGUGCUGAUCCAGCGUCCAAUAUCACUGGGCCUUCUUGUAACUACAACAUUAUGAACACUUAAACAAACUAAUGCAAUUCAGAGCAAUAUCUCUACCUCAAGACCUAUUUUAAGGAGCUUCUACAUGUUCAGUUACAGGUCAUAACAGUAUUUCAUUGUUGAAGAUGUAGAGGGUGGUGGUGGUGUGCUGGAGUGGAUCUUAAUGAAAGAUGUUCCUAAUAUUAUGUCUUCAUCUUUAAAUGAUAUUAACGCGCAAAAUAUCAAGCAACACUUUGCGAUACCAUGCACUUCAAAACAACCACCAAAACCUAAAACUUCAACAACUGAACAAGAACAAUUAUCACCUGUCUGGUUAUGUAAAAAGAACGAAAAAUAAAAUGUAAAAGCUUCCUACAGGUAGAGUUUAUGGUAGAGCUUUUGUACUGUGCUGCAUCAGAUUACCCAGGUGUUCAUAAUGUUAUAGCUGGUUGGUGCAUAUAUUUAUAUAUCACUCCACCUCACACAGGUGUUUAGAGUACAGUUUCUUAUUUUACCAUGGACAAUCUCAGUAUUGAUUCAUCACCCUAGAACCUCAGAGUAAUAACAAACUCUGAUUUACUGAUUAAAUUGCACUUUUAAAAAUAAAAAUCAAUAUACAUAUUCUUAGAUAACCGGUCUGUGGUAACCAUGGACACAAGGUAACAGAGAACAGGAAAAUGAUUGGGUUGCUUGGCAACAGUCCAGUUUCAGUUGAGUUGUGAAGUAAGUUGAGUAAGAGCAGCAAAAAAAACAUCUGAUUAUUAUUGUUCGCCAACGUUUUCAGCUUUUAGAAAUGUUGUUUUAAACGCAACACAAGGUUAAGAUUAAGAUGAUGAAUUGAACAAAAGUGCUACUGUAGUUUUCUCACACUUGGUCUUCUUUCUAAUGCCAGAUCACAGUACUGGUGAUAGAAGUAUAACAUUACUCCCUCUCAGCUUAAUUCUGAAACAUGUAGUUUGAAAUAUUUUAGUCACAAGUUGGCUUGUAGGUAUUUGAUUGAAUAAGACCAUUAAAUGCCGGUAAAUUUUUGUAGACAUAAAGUUUCUGUACUUGAAGAAUCACAAACUUUACUGAUUUGUGUUUAUCUGUCAGUUAGUCAUUUAGCAUGCAUGUAUAACUGCCUCUUUUACAGACUUCCUUUAUGAACCGUAUCAGUAGUCAGAGGAUGUUAGCUCAGCAUGUCACUGACUUCACAGUUUUUUUUAGAAGUGACUUUUUCAAGAAGUGCUAUAUGCAAAGCCUGAUUAAAAAAAAUCUGCCCUGUGUCAAGGUUGAACGUUGAGGUAAAGAGGAAGUGGUAAGAGUCUAAACCACAGCCAUUUAUAUUGCUCACAUUCUGACACAGCCUUUGUGUUAUUUUUCAUCACAGUCUACCGCAUGAUCUGUCAGUUGAGGUCAUUGAUGUCGAUCUGUGCAUGCAAGUGCAUGCUGCUGUGAAAUAAGACUUACACAACUCUGAAUCAUCUCCUGGUCUUGAAUUUAACCUCACAUUCCUUCACAAAAAUGCACAACAGAAGGUGAACUGGUUCAGUGAGGUGAGGUGAUCAGACCUCCUGCAGCUGAUUUUAGUGACAUUUCUGCAACAGUGCUUCACUUGUUGCCUUUACAGUCUUCUUUAACUCAGUUCUCUUAUGGGGUCAACACCUGGGUGGUGACCAUACAGUGAUUUGUGAAACUCUACACAAGGGAGUUUAUUCAUUAACACUGGCAAAGUUGAACAAAUACCUUGAUGCAAUUUCUUUCAGUUUGCAUUUGUUAGAUAUACCGACACAAACAGAGGAUAAUCAUGUGUCUUGUGGAAAUGUGAGAUGUAGUAAUCAGCCGAGUAUUUGGGCUAUAAAUUUGAAACAAUAAAUAAAUAUAAUGAAGUAAUUAAUAUAGUAAGUUUAAUAUUAUAGUUUAUUUAAGCAGCUGUGUUGAAUGUUUUUUAUACAGUUUAUAAAUGUCCAGAUUUGUUGCCUUUAUUUCUCAUUUAUGUUACUGAAUUGGAAGACAGGUUUUGACUAUUAGUCAGACAAAAUAAGAUGCUUUAAAAAAGUUAUUGUAAUAAGAAUUUUUGACAUUCUUUUGAUUGGACGAUUCAAUAGAUGAUCAAUAGAUCAAACAAGAUAAUCUUGUGAAAAUAUUGAUCAUUAAUGAGAGCAAUCACUGCUUGCACCACCAGCUGUAGUGAUCAUGAAAGCAGGAUAAAGCUUGGGUGCAUUUUUUCUUUGUUAAUUGUAGAGACAACUAUAUGAUUUAGGGUUUUCCCUGAGGUCCUACAUCUGUUUUAUUGGAGUGCUUUUAACAGUAAAGGCUUGACCUGCUUAUGUAUAUAUGUGUGUGUAUAUAUAUGUUCACAUCGAUUUAUCAUACAACAUAUUUCAGAAACACUAUUAUGUUGGAUUUUUGUCAGUACGCCCUCCAAAGAUCAUAUAAAGGACUUUGAAAAUUGAGCAGACAAGUUUAAUGACCAGACUACUAUUCAUGCAGAUAGACACACUCAAGAAAAUCCUAAGAUUGUUGUGUCGCUGGAUGGGUUUUUAUCUUAGCAUCUGAUCUUCUUGAUUUUAGCUUUCACUGUUUAUCUAGCCCACCAUUUCCUGCAGUUUGACAAUGAAGUUGUCCUCUUUGUAUUGCUUAGUUUGUUGAUCAUCAGUAUUUGAACAUAUUUCCAUUUCUCUUUCCUCUUAGUUUGUCAAGUGCGGCUAUGCAGGCUCCAACUUCCCAGAGCACAUCUUCCCUGCGCUUGUUGGGAGGCCAAUCAUCCGCUCAACAGCCAAAGUUGGAAACAUUGAGAUUAAGGUAAGGGGUGUUAAUAAAAUGGCUGUGUAAUUUACCUACGAAGCUGUCAUUUAGUCUGUUCAGAAAGCCAGUGAUACAGCAAGUCUGUAGUACCAGCUUAUUUUAAAUCUCCUUCUUGCCAAUCUUUUGAAAGAAUCUGUAAUUUGGCUAAAGAUCAAUAAAUCAUGCAGCAGACGUGCAAAUGUCUGGUAUCUUCCCUCUACCUUUCUUUCCUCUUCUCUCCUGUUCUUUUUUUUUUUUUAAUUCAUCUUUUUAUUUUAAUAUCUACCUUCCUCUUCCUCCAUGUUUUGUUCCCCCACGAUGAAGUAGAAUGCCCAGAAGAUGGUAAGUUCAGGUUGGUGUGUGCCUCCUGGUCUUGCCUGCUCCAAGAGUCGUGUCAUGAUUUGAUUUCUACCCCAAACGUAGCUACUUUUUUGUUUCAGAUGUUUUGUUUUCUUUCUCUUGUGUGAUUUCUUUCAUCUCUUUUACUCACACAAAGAAUCCAUUCUUUUACAUUCCUCUUGGUUUGACGAUUGAAGUGUUUUAGAAAGAUGUCCAGUCCUUGAGUUUAGGCACGCCUCUCUGCAGGCUCAAAGUGUUGCAGACAUUGCUGUGGUGAAUCAUGGGCCAGCUGUUAUCAAUGGAGUGCUAAAAGAGAUUUUGGCCUGAUUCCAUUUUCACAGUCUUUCAUCUGCUGGCGCAUCUUGACAACUACACCGCCCCUCUAUUUGGCUGUUAUUUAAGGAAAUAGUCAACAGUUUCAGCUUAAAAAAACUGAAAACGUCAGUUACAGUCAGAAUACUUACUGUGAAAUGAUUACAGUUGUUUUUGUCACUGCAUCACAACACCAUUUACCUAACUGUUCUGACUUCAGCAACAUAUUCGAAUGAAGUUAUAUCCGCUGCUAAGCCUUUACUGAAUUACCUGUGCUGAGGGUCGCCCUUACAAGUGCAGGGAAAGUGUCCAGACUGAAGGAUGCAUGGCAGACAGCUGAAAGUUGGAGACGGAAGCACAUCUGUUUUUCUUUUCUUUUUUUUCCCUGUUGAGACCACAUGGGGCAAAGCUUUUGACUGGUACUUUCAAUGCCAAAGCACACAGGAUGAACCCAUAAAACAGCGGCCUUCAGUCGUCUUUUGAUGUCUCUAAACGGAACAUGAGGUGCUUGACUGUGUGGCUAACACUGAGCACUAACCCUGGAUUUGUUUAUGUUGCAAGGCAGCCUUGCAUGCUGCUAGUCGAGUGAUGCUAAAAUGAGUGGUUUACAGGUGCCAGAGGGUAACACAAAUGUUUCCAGGUGUAGGUGCAUGGAAAAUGAUGGCUUGUUGUGCAUGUUGGGUAAUGAAGUUUUAAAGCAUAAAGCUACUUUGGGCAAGGACAUUUGACGGAUGACUGGUGUCAGGGCCCAGUAAAAGCUCAAUGAUCCAGUUGAUCUGGUUUUAUGUGACCUGCAGGCUGAGGGGGCAAUUUAAAACUACUGUUUUGAUUGCCCCUCAGCAAUGGUCUCUGAACUUAGUAACAAUGAAUGAACCUAUUAAGGUUCGCUGCACAGCAGAGCCUCUAAUUAAUUUUAUUUCUGCCCCUCUUUGACCUCUCUCUCCAGGACCUGAUGGUGGGGGAUGAGGCCAGCGAGCUGCGCUCCAUGCUGGAGGUCAACUACCCCAUGGAGAACGGCAUUGUCAGAAACUGGGAUGACAUGAAGCACCUGUGGGACUACACUUUUGGCUCGGAGAAGCUCAACAUUGACUCACGCAACUGCAAGAUCCUUUUGACUGAGCCUCCCAUGAACCCAACAAAGAACCGUGAAAAAAUCAUUGAAGUAUGCAUAUAUUUACUAUAACACCCCUUAUAUUAAUAUCAUAUGGACAUUUUUGUGAACACUUAGUGGAGAGUGUCAAAAGAUCCUCUUUGAGCCGUUUUUGGUGCUAGCUGUUUCAGUGAUUUCAGAUGGUUCAAUCCCUCUAGAUCCAGUUAAUCAAAGUAUCAAAGUAAUUAGCUUUAAAUACCCACACCUUAAUGGAGUUCAGAGGUGCCUCAUUGACCCGCCCUUUGUGAACAUGUUUCAAAUGCUCUGUGUUUUAGAUGGUACAUUAUACUUACUGUCUCAUGUUCUCUGGCUCUCCUUGUAGGUGAUGUUUGAGAACUACCAGUUUGCAGGAGUCUACAUUGCUAUUCAAGCUGUGCUGACACUGUAUGCUCAAGGUCAGAUCAACUAAACACUCACUCUAGUUCACUUUGUUUCAUCAGCUUCCAAGUUCUAUCAGACCUGUCCCAAACCUCUCCAAUCCUAAACUUCUGAUACAUAAGUUCUGGCUUUCUGUGUUUGACCUGUACCUGGUGUGUUUCAGGCCUUCUGACCGGUGUGGUGGUGGACUCAGGUGAUGGUGUGACACACAUCUGUCCAGUGUAUGAGGGUUUUAGCCUGCCCCACCUGACAAGACGCCUGGACAUAGCAGGCAGGGACAUCACCCGCUACCUCAUCAAGGUAUUCAGUCUGUUGUGGCGUCAUUUCUUUAUGAUACAGCUGGUGCAUUCUUGCUUAAUAUGCACAAAUGUUUUAUUGUGUCAAAUCUAAACAUCUGUUGAACUUUUAAGAUUUGGCACAAUAAGACUCCAAAGUACUUUUACCUGGAGAAUUUGUGAGUAUUUAAUGUCUUGUUACUUGAUAGAGAUUUUUAAUCUCGUACUUUUCUUUCCCCACUCCAUGUCCUGUGUUUUCUUUGCUGGGUGCAGUUGUUGUUGUUGAGGGGUUAUGCCUUCAACCACUCUGCUGACUUUGAGACUGUGCGUAUGAUGAAGGAGAAGCUGUGCUAUGUGGGCUACAACAUCGAGCAGGAGCAGAAGCUGGCACUGGAGACCACCGUUCUGGUGGAAUCAUACACGGUAAACUCUAAUAUGUUUAAAUAGCUAACAAUAUAAAUCACUAAUAAUCCCACCAGAGGAUGCACUGAUUGAAUACAAACAACAGUUUCUGCUUCCAAAAGCAUUAACUUCAAUAAAAAAAACAUCCAAAAGCUAAAACAUUCUAAACAACUAAAACAAUUCCAUAACAACACCAUCCUUCAACUAAUGUACCACCAGGCCAGAGCAACCAUUUGAUGCUCAAUUAUUUUCCAGUAAGAUGAUCUCCAUCAACAGUACCAACAGGCCAGUACCAAUGGUCAGGUGAUGUACAGCCGUUCCCUUAAAAUCCACCAAGAAUUUUGUGUGUUUAAAGAAGGAGAAGAACUUUAUUGAUCCCUGAUAGAAAAUUCAAAGACUCGGUAUAUCAAUACCUGCACUAAACCAACAGCUCUUUAGCAGAGCAAACAGUCUGACUUUUUAAUGUUACUCACCAGAAACACAAAACUAUUAUGCUGCUCUGGAUCAAGUUCAACUUUCUUGUUGUUGAAAAUAAAGCCUGCUGUCAUGCAUCACAGGUGAGCCCGCUGAUUUGUAGGUGAUUGUUGAUGAGUACGCUAGCUGUAUUCAUUUACCGAGGUCAAUCAUGCGAUGGUAAAGCAAGCUGAGAGCGUCCUCAACUGGAUCAAACUGUAGGCUAUUUCAGGUGGACUGAUACACUUUUAUUCUGUGUAUUUUGAAUAUUUGAGUCGAUAAUUACGAUUCAAAGGUAAACUUUUCUCUCAUGGUUUGAAUGAAAACUCAAAUUAAGGGUGAAAAAGUGAAUUUGCCUUGGAAACAGAAAAUGUGAAGUCAGCCUACCGAUCAAACUGCUGCCCUCAUCUGGUCAGUCUGUGCACUUUCUUGAAACCGACUGAGGAAUGAGGAACUGGAUCAUAAAAAAAAGAGAGAAAUGUAAGAGAAAGCUCAAAGAUGAAGAUGACUCAGUCAAGGUGGACUCACAUACAUGCUACUUCUUCCCAACCACUGUCUCUAUGUUUCCUUUUUUAUAAAAAAAAAACAUAAAAUGAUCCAAGCUCAUUGAAUUCACUCCUUGUUAUGUUGGUAUUCAUAUUAAGCAGCUGCUUUUGAGGUUUGCCACUUGUUCAUAAAACAAACACACAUUUUAGCUUUCUGGGAGUUCUCAAUUUGUUUGGUUUACUUUCUUAUGCACACCGCACAUGCAUACACGUUUCACAUUUCAUCUUAAAAUAGCAGAGAAGAAAAGGAGUCCUCCUAAAGGGUUUGUUAUUGAAAAGUGGCAGUAUUUAAAAGUAAUCAAAACUAAUGGAGUAACUAAAUCGGUGUUUCUGCUGAGCUAAGUAGACUACCACAUGCCUGUUGUUGGCUCUGCUGGCUGCGUAAGGACAGGGCAGUGCUGCUGACAAACUGUUUUCUCUGGGACUCAAACAUAUGGGGGUGCACUGCUCCUCUACCCAGCUUGCUUUUCUUUCCAAGGCCCUUUUCCCCGCAGAGGGAACCACAGAAUCUAAAAGCAGGUCCUGAAGUCUGUGUUCCUGCACGCCUUAGCGAGCACAUGUUGUGUCUCAGAGCUCACUGACCAUGAGUGUUUGGGUUUGUGUAGGCGACUGCGUUUGUGUAGGUGUGUGAACAUGUAAGCGCAAGGCUAGUUUUGUGUGCCAGAGUGUGCCGAAACAAGGAGGGCAAUGUAACUGUGGCCGAAAGGGCCCUGAACUGUGUGUUACAUCAUUUCCUGUGUAGCCACUCUGCAGCGGUGGCUGGGCUCUGCUUCCUCCCACUGCCUUCAGCUGAAUGAAGCCUUUUUAUAGUCCCUUACACACACAUGGUCUCAGCUCAGUUUAGCCCACACUUUCAGGGCUUUAACCUAAUCUCCUGUAUUAUCAGAGCCUUGUAAGAACUUUAUUUUCAAACUGCAGUAACUAAGCACACAAAGAGCCGAUUGAGACAUUUUCCCCCAUACAUCGCAAACUACCACUGAACAGCAUCAUUCUUGAUUCCUACAUUCAAGAGAUUAGAAACUCUGUUGUUGAGUCACCCAUUAAAUCCUACCUCUUCAGGGGUGUCACAUUUUCUUCUCUUUUCAUCUCUCGCCUCCCACACAUCUCUAGCUGCCAGAUGGUCGUGUGAUCAAGGUGGGAGGAGAACGCUUUGAGGCCCCGGAGGCUCUGUUCCAGCCCCACCUCAUCAAUGUGGAGGGCGUUGGAGUGGCUGAGCUGCUCUUCAACACCAUCCAGGCAGCCGACAUAGACACCAGGUGAGGCCAGCAAAAAUGCACAGAUAGACUCCCCCUCUGAUUAAAGACAGACAGAUAGCAAAACGCACCACCACAAAGCCAUGCAAAAUCUCUCUGCCCAGCAGUGCUUUCACUGAUGUAAAAGAAGGUCGUAGACAUCAAGUAAAUAUUUCUUUUACUGUACUGUGUGUAAAUGAAAAAGUAGCAAUAUCCCAGAAAAUGUCCUUUUGGAAAUCGGUCGUUGUUUAUUCCUAGUUGUUGGAGUUGAAUGAACUGUUAUUUGGUUUCCACCUCAAGUCACUGAAAGACUUUAAUCUGCAAAGUCCUUACAGUAAAUAUUGAACAUUUGUCUACUUAGGAGGGGAAACUAUGCCUGCUGGGGAGGAAACUGAAAACAUUAGUCAUGUGAUUCACCUUCUUUGUCUCUUUGCUGUCAUCAGGCCUGAGUUUUACAAACACAUCGUGCUGUCAGGAGGAUCCACCAUGUACCCUGGCCUGCCUUCUCGUCUGGAGAGGGAACUGAAGCAGCUGUACCUGGAGCGUGUGCUGAAGGGUGAUGUGGACAAGCUUUCAGUAAGAUACAAACCCUUUACAUGAACACUACUUUAUACUAAUACUAAGACUCCGGGCUAAAUUUGAGCAGAUUUGAUUGACAGUGUGACUGUGACUGUAAGAAGUAAUGCGUCAUUACUUUGAACUCGAGUCAAUUUCAGUUUCACAGCAAAUUAAGUCGUCUUCAUAAAAAUUGAAGUAGUCCAUGCAUGUGGCCUGAUCUGGCUUUACUUUGCAAGGCCUUGUGGUUGUGGUGUUAUUUCUUUCCAGCAGAACUCUGGGUUUGUUUUAGUUGGGCUGAGCGUGGUUUCUCACAUGUGACGGGGCAAUAAAAGGAGAGAAAAAGAACAUAUUUGAGCCACUUGUAAAUGCUGGCCGACACCUGACAGUAUCUCCUUUGUCCUAAUGAAGUGAAAUCCCACACUCUGGUAGUUCACAUUAAAAAAAAACAAACACAGAUUAAACAACAUCAUGGACUGAGUGCAUAUAAGAGUCAAACCAUCUGUCUUGAACACAUCUGGAAGGUUUAGGAUCAAAGGUUUAUCAUUGUGGAAUGGAUGCAGCAGACAGUGCAGUGUAGAUUGUCGACCACCAGAUGGUGGUGGAGGUUAAACUACAUUGAUUGGAUUUAAGCAGAGGACUUAAACAACAUAUGAGAGAUUUUCUCUUUAAACCUAAACACUGCUUGGAGAACUUGCGCUAAUUGAAAUUCCCAAGACAGUGGCCCAAAGACACAGAUAAUUUUACACAGAGCCUCUUUGUAAACAAAAGCUUCACAGAUGACUCAUAAGUUAAAUAACUCAUUAUGUGCUUUACUUUUUCUGCCCACAACUGCAGCCUACUGGAGUUUCUUGACACAGUUAAUCUCAUUUGGAAAUAAAAGUUAAAUGCAAUGAUGGUGUCUUUCACGUCACAAAAGUGGGUCGAAUGUGUGCAAUCUGUAUCGCCACAAAGGACUCAAUAGAUUCCUGAACAUGUUGUUUGACACCAAAUGCUGUGAAAAAUCCCGAGGAUAGAAAGAUGAGAGUUUCAGUAGUUUCACCAUCGGAGAAUAAUUCACCUGAUAAGAGGAACUACAGUCAAAAUUUUCAUUCGAUUUUGAGUGGGGUAUCGCUUCAAAGCUGCACUGGUGAGUGUUUAGUGUGUCAUCUGUAUUGGAUGCUACUACCCUGUAACAGCUUGUUGCACCUCCAUAAUGCCAAAACAAUCUAAUAAUUCCACAGUACAUCUCAGAAAACUGCUGUCAAAUUGCUAAACAUGUAAAUAUGAAAGUGUUUUAACUAUGAUGCAACCUUACAUAAUUAGUAUUUCCGGUGUGAUACAGUACAAUAGCUGUAGUGUAGAUCUGAGUAGCGACUUAAUCAAAUAGUAACCGGUCUGGUCGUGUCAUGAUAACUCUGGUUAAACGUUGAAUGGCCUGCAUAAAUCAUUCAUUUACUUUAAUUAGUAAAAUUACUUCCAAGCAUCACUGGCUGUCAUGUUAGAUCAUGUGAUGUCUAACUUGAAGUACACUAGAUUUCAUCAGCAUGAAUAUGUUGUUUUCUUUGUGAUUAUGUUCUAGGGCUGCACGAUUAAUCGAUUUUAAUCGGAUUAUUUGAUUAUAAGGAUGUUGAAAAUUAAAAUUGUCGAGUUGAUUUUCCUCUCUGUCUGCAAAGUCUGUCUGAAGGCAGUAUCAAGCUGUCCACAUGGAAACAAGUUCAGGAGUAAACACAAAAGUUUUUUGUCGUAUCAGCGUUUCAUCCCUAUGGAAAUGGCAUUUCACAUGACUGUAGACUGUACUUUUUGAAAAUGGGUCAGAGAGUGUAUGAAUCUGUAAACAACUACCAUUUCAUCUCCAUGUGGAUGCCUAUCUGCAUCGCUCUUAAAAUGGUCAUGUGACACACAGGGUAACUAGGGCAACCAUAUUCUGACUUCCUAAGAAGAGGACAGGACUACGUGGGUGCAGAGUCACGGAGUCGCACAAAGUUAAUUUUAAGAGUUUUUCGGGUUGGAUCGAGUGUCUUUAACGCGCUCCUAACUCAGUAAGUUCACGUGACACAAACUCCAAACUUCCGUACAAAACCGCGGACAUUUGAAGGAAUUUAUUUUUUAAAAAAGGACAUGUUCGGGUAAAAGAGGACAUACGGUCACCCUAGCAUAACUGUUUUAUGGCGGCUGCACGUGUCCUGCCAAAAUAACCCUGAUAUGCAUGCGCUGUACUCUUCUUCUGUCUUUUGUGCAUUUCCUGUGCAGCGUUACAGCGCCACUUACUGGCUUGCCAUAUUCACUAAAUCAUUUUCAGUGGUUUCGUUUAGAGAUAUGAUAGAAAAAAUUAUUAUUAGAGUGAAGCUUGGUGAAGUUGUCACUAAAUAAAAAAAUGAAAUUGAGUUUUCAGAGAAAAAAAAAUAAGGAUUUUAUUUUUGGCUAAAAUCAUGCCGCCCUAUUAUGUUUAUUGAUCAAAGGUACUUCACUGCAUGUUGAUUAAAACAUUGAACCUAUAGAGAACCUGGUUAGCAUGCAUUGAUUUUGAUUAUAAACUGCAUUUGCUCAGUAUACUAAACAAAGAGAGCUACCAAAACAAGAAGAUGAAUGAAGACAAACUAUGUGAAGCUUUCAAAGCUGGUUAAGUUCAGAGAUUGAGAGAGUUGUUGAGUCUCUUCUUUUGUCGCAGCAGUUAUAAACUUUCAUUUGAAUUUACAAACAGUGGUGAGUAUCAGUCGAAUCAUUCAAUGGUGUUUCCUUAAAAAAGCCUUAGAGGGACUUACCAAGCUCUUCAUGUUAGUCUUUUUUGUUACUCGCUUGCAGGACAAAGAGGUGUUUGUUAUAAAAUAUUUAUUUUGCGUGUGGAAGGAUGUUUGAUUCUCUUCUUAUGACCUUUCAGUCAACACCCUUAAAUCUAUAGGAAAGCAAAAACCUAAAGCGACUCUACUACUGGGUGACUCCAUUAAUCCGUCUGUUUUCUGCCACUUGUCUGGGUCCAGCUCACAUUGAUUGUGCUAUAUUGUAAAGAAUUAUUAUUUUGCUGCUGGGAAGGACUGAGAAUGUGUGAGAAUCAUACUGGACUGUAGUGCAUUUUUGUUUUUUUCAUAAAGCUCCGAAAUGUAGUUUGCUAGGGUUGUGAAACUGGUUUUAAAUGUCCCUGUAUGUAAUCUAAAUUCAUAAAAGUCUUUAACCUGAUGGGCUUUAAAGAAAUCCUUACAAGAUUAAGGACGGAGGAAUUUUUAUGCAAACCACCAUGAUGUCUAAAGUAAACGGUAAUCACAGAGAAAUUUGAGAUCUUCACCAUAUAUCAUAGUCAAGGAUUUGACUGCAGGACAUUUAUUUGUUACAUAAAGUACUCUAAUGAGUCUCUUUGUCCUCUUGUCUCGUAGAAAUUUAAGAUCCGGAUCGAGGAUCCUCCCAGGCGAAAGCACAUGGUGUUCCUGGGCGGAGCUGUGCUGGCCGACAUCAUGAAGGACAAGGACAACUUCUGGCUGACCCGGGAGGAGUACCAGGAGAAAGGAGUCCGCGUGCUGGAAAAACUCGGUGUCACCGUUAGAUAAAGCACUGAACGGACAGACCACACAGGCACACACAAAUAUACAAACACACAUACACAUACACAAACAUGGCAUACACACAGUCCCCCCUCUUCCACAUUGCAGAGUAUAUAUCUAUUUAUCCCUCUUCUUCUUCUUCUUCUUCUCCUCUUCUCUUUCGGGCUCUCGAUCCUUCUCAAACAUCUGAAGGAAUCAAGCCUGCAUCUCCCUGCUCUCCUCCUUCUCUUGGUUCAGGAUUGUCUAACACUUUCUCCCCAAGAACCAAUUCCACCUUCACGCUGAAACCCCCUCCUUUACUGAAACUAGAAAAUGAAGGGUUAACGCUGCCCCACUGGUGUAUUUUAAAGUUAGAUUUUCACACAGUGCUGGUGGUUUCAACCUUGCUCUUAGGUUUUGUUGUGGGUUAGAUUUGGCAGGUAAGCCACCCAACUGCAGUGAAAAGACCCCUCCCUUAAAUAAACCUCCAGAGGGGAUAAAUUGAUGCAAAGUUUCUAGUAUGUGUCUGUAAAAUCACAAUCAGGGUCCAUAACUAACAGCCACGGGCCGCUUUCAGCAUCUGUUCAGGUGAGCGAGAACUGAUCACAUUUUUAUGUCAGUUUUUAUAAACGAUAUCACAAUGUUUCUUUUCCGGGAGAGGGAUGACUCUUUUGUUCUGCUUCGUCUUCAUUUUUUUAUUGGAUGUAUGAUUUAUAUCUAUAAAUUGAUUUCUUUCACUUUUUUUCAUUAACUUUUUGUUGCUGUGCACUACUACCAUCCUAGCGAGGAGAGUAUCAUGGUAACAGAGGUUGCUCCAUGUUUUUAUGAAGAAUUGACGGUUGAUUCAUAAAGGGACAAAUACACAGGAGAAAAAAAAAAAAGAAAAAAAAGGCUUGACAUCAAGGGGGUGUGAUGGUACUUUGUGGGCUUUGCGGGUGGUGAGACAAUGAUGGGAUGUGGGUGGGGUGGGAGUGACACUUUUUGUUCCUCAUGCAACAACUUUGCCUCUGCCUCCUUUAAACAUGAAUGGAUGAAUAUUACAGACAGUGAUGCCUUUUAGGCACCUCAUCUGUCAUUAUCCUUCAGAUCCACCCAGAGCUUGGAGGCAGUCACAGUUUAACGGUGAGAUAGAAUUGAAUCUGGUCAGGGCAGAGAACCUCCAAAAGUUUGGAUUUCAUUGACAUCAAGUGCUGUUUAAGUUCUCUGGUGUUUCACUCCCAAUGGUCGACUUAAUGAUUACUGGAGGCACUUCUAUUUUGAGUAUGAUAAAUGUGUAUAUUUUUUUCCUUCUUUCCAUGAACGCCUAUCCAGUGCCAAGUGCAGUUAAUGUUAACUGGAUUUCUGAAGUUUUAUUGUUUUUUUUGUUUUUUUGUUCACUGUUUUUAUUUUCCUGUGUUGUUCAUAGCAUAACUGCAUAACGCUGAUUUAAAUAAAGAAAAGUGAUUUAUAAAGAUGA